AUGGGUAGACAAAAAAUUGACCGUAAAGUUUUCAGUUUUAACUUUAUACGGAGUACGGUCAACUAUAUUUGAAUGAUUGACUGAAACAAUGCAUUUUUGGACACCCGACAAACUACCGACCCUGCGGCGCCGCUGGAGAAUCAUUGCCGUCCGGGUUCGGUGUCUCCCCCGCGCACUCAAUUCUCCACUUCAAGUCUGCAGCCCUGUCGAAUCACGGAACCCGCUCGAUCUCCGCCGCCGGACGAUGCUCGACUCUGUGGGAACCAAGUGCGGACUGUCGGCGUCCUCUCGCCGGGAAUGUUCCUCCCCUCCCAACCUUUCCUCACGCCGGCGAAACUCGUGGCCCUUCGCUCUCCGGCGAUAUCCGACCGAGAUUUAUGGCCCGCAGACACCUGAUUCCGAGUUCUACGUGGUUAUAUGUACCAGACGAGGGGGCUUAGAGUCGCCGGCGAAGCAGAAACCUUCACCGGGGUUGAAUGACGGCGGCGACGGCUAGGCUUGCGGCCCUCGCUGUGCGGUAAUACCUACAUCUGAAGGCUCGUCGGAGUGUUUUAGUUACUCGCUGCACUAUCCCCCGUUUGUUGCAGGAACGGGAGGGCAGGAACAAACUACGCGAAAAGAGCCACCGUGGCCGCAGGCGAAGGGCGAGUGAGGGAGCCCGGCGGCGCCGCCGGGUCUUCGACCUGGGUUCCGCAUCCAAGGACGGGAAUCUACUAUCCCAAGGGACAGGAGUGGGUGAUGGAGGACGUCACCGGCGGCGGCGCCACUCUCCGUCAGACCUACUGGCUGCGCGACCUGGAAGGGGUUGACCGUCCCUUACAGUCGGACUGA